AUGACUGUGGUAGCAACCAACGAGGAAACUCUAAUGAAUCACGGAAAUACUGCCGUUCAAAGAGUGGUCCAAUGGAUGGAGAAGAGGAAACUGACAAUAGCACCAGAGAAAACCGAAGCAGUUCUCUUAACAACUAAAAGAAACGUUGGUCUCAUUGAGUUUGAGGUUCAAGGGGUCUCAAUCCGUCCAGGCAAGGUUUUAAAGCAGUUAGGUGUUUGGUUGGACACCAAACUUAAUUUUGGAGUGCACCUAGACAAGACUAUACAGAAAGCCGAGAGAACCAUGUCAGCAUUAUCGAGCCUCAUGCCCAAUUUGGGAGGACCCAGAGCCUCCAAAAGACGAAUAUUGUCCAGCGUAAUUCAUUCUCAAUUACUUUACGCAGCUCCUGCCUGGCAACAAGCGAUGAAGAAACAACACCUGCUGAGAAAGAUGGUGAGACUGCAAAAGAUCAUUUGCAUCAGAGUGUGCAGCGGAUACCGGACAAUUUCAGCUGAAGGUGCUGGUGUUAUAUCAGGCAUACCCCCGAUAGACCUAUUAGUGGAUGAAAGAUUUCAACUCUAUGAAGGUCGGCCUACUGAAGAAGUCAAAGUUAGCACAAUGGAAAAAUGGCAGAAAAG